AUGCGCACACACCUGGUCCUUCAGGCCACCUCCCUGAAGUGCCCGAGCCUGCACCUGUGGCACCUGGGGCGCCUCCACGACUUGCAUCCCCGCACCCUCCUCUCCCACCCGCAGACCUGGCCUGUCCUCAGGCCACAGGCUAGGGUCCUGCCUGCCUACCUGGUUGGAUCUGGGGUGCAGGAGGAGGAAGAAGCGGGUGUGGGCGGAGUGCUGAGGCCUGACGGAAAGCGCCAAGUUAGUGAGAGCAUCGUGGGCUCGGCCAGCCCCGCCAAGGCAGAGUGA